AUGCUUCUUCCACAGUUUGCCUUUGCCCAGAAGCUGUACAUGGGCGAUCCGCUGAUCACGGCACCGGGAACGUAUUAUGGUCCUUACAAGUAUCAUGCCCUUGCUCUGCAGUCUUGGAUGUUUGUAACCAAACUAAACAGUGGACCACCUCCUCCUAACGAAGUCAUCUACCCUGAUUUCGACUCAUUCUAUCGAGCUCACAACAACGGGCAGAAGCCUCCAGCGGGUUGUGUCUAUUGCCCAGGAUACUUCGAAGAACACCUGCAGGACAUGCCCGACGCGAGGAACACUCGCCCUGCUCGUGUCGCUCACUUUUUGUAA